UGGCGACUGACAACGAUGACUCGAUGAGGACGAGUUUACAAGCUGAAUUGCUGGUAUAGUUCGUAGUUUACUUUCCUUCUUCUCAUGCGAAUGGGAAUUCCUUCCAUUGCCUUUCAGAUUCUCUCAGUUUUGUUGGUUGGUGGCACAGCAAUUAAUGGGGCCGAUAAUCCAAUAUACGCAAGGCAGAUAUUAAGCUCAGCCCGAAAGGAGAAAGACUGGUUGGUCUCAAUAAGGAGACAAAUCCACGAAAACCCAGAACUGCGUUUUGAAGAACACAACACAAGCGCUCUUAUUCGAACUGAACUCGACAAGCUUGGCAUCCCAUAUGAAUACCCAUUUGCCAAAACCGGCGUCGUUGCCCAAAUCGGCUCUGGUUCUCGCCCCGUCCUUGCACUUCGGGCCGACAUUGACGCCCUACCCUUGCAAGAGCUUGUUGAUUGGAAGCAUAAGAGCAAAAUUGACGGCAGAAUGCACGCUUGUGGACACGAUAUCCACACAACGAUGCUACUUGGUGCUGCCAAGCUGCUUAAUCAACGUAAAGAGAGACUUAAGGGAACUGUGAGACUUCUUUUCCAACCAGCUGAAGAAGGAGGGGCUGGCGCAUCUUACAUGAUAGAAGAAGGAGCUCUUGGUGAUGCCGAAGCAAUAUUUGGAAUGCACAUUGAUAGUGAAAUACCCACUGGAAGCAUAGCGUCUCUUCCUGGGCCAGUCCUGGCUGCUGUAUGUUUUUUUGCUGUAAAAAUAGAAGGAAAGGGUGGGCAUGCUGCAGAGCCCCACACCACCACGGACCCUAUACUUGCAGCAUCAUUUACAAUCUUGGCACUGCAGCAGCUCGUCUCAAGAGAGUCUGAUCCCCUGCACAGUGAAGUUCUAUCUGUUACUUACGUGAGAUGUGGGACUGCCAUGAAUGUCAUUCCGGCAUACGCCGAGUUUGGGGGUACUUUAAGAAGUCUAACAAGUGAGGGCUUGCAUCGACUCAGGGAAAGGAUGAAAGAGGUUAUCAAAGGUCAGGCAGGUGUGCACAGAUGCAAAGCAUAUGUUGACAUGAAAGAAGAAGAAUAUCCGGUAUAUCCUGCUACCGUGAAUGAUGUGGGCUUGCACCAGGAUGUUCAAAGGAUUGGUAAACUCCUGCUUGGUCCUGAGAAUGUGCAUAUGGGGAAGAAAGUGAUGGCAGGUGAGGACUUUGCCUUCUAUCAAGAACGUGUUCCUGGGAUUAUGCUUAGUAUUGGAAUUAGAAAUGAAAAGGUUGGGGCAAUUUAUUCUCCACACUCACCUCACUUCUUUGUUGACGAGGAUGUACUUCCAAUUGGGGCUGCGUUACACACUGCCCUCGCAGAGACUUAUCUUAGUGAUCAUCAAAAGUCUAAUGUUGAUGUGAAGUAAGGAUUUUAUGUAAAUUUCAGCCCUAUGAAUUAUGAUUCUGUAUGUGAGUGUAUUUGCGUUGGUUGGUAAAUAACUUUGUAGCAGUGUCAAUAACCUGGCCGGUGGCAUUACUUUUUACUUUAUAUCAUACGAUUAACGCAUUUCCUUGAACCCUGUUUUUGGCA